GGGACCAAUGGGGCGGCUGGUGGGGGGCGGGCGUGCUGGGUGGCAGCUGGGCCUCAAGGAGACACACGGACACACGGACGGACGCAGCCAUGGCGCGAGCGGCCCCAGUGCUGGUGACCCUCUGGCUUCUCCCGACAGUGGUGGCGGGCGGCUUGGAGACCGAGGAGCGUCUCCUGGAGAAGAUAUUUGAGAACUACAACCCCAACGUCCGCCCCGCCCGCACCCUCACCGACAAGGUGUUCGUCCGGGUGGGCAUGUCGCUGUCCCAGCUCAUCAGCCUGAAUGAAAAAAACGAGGAGCUGACCACGAAGGUGUAUAUGGACCUGGAGUGGACGGACUAUCGCCUGAGCUGGAACGUGUCCGACUUUGACGACAUCACGUCCAUCCGGACCUCGUCCGACAAAGUCUGGCUCCCGGAUAUCUACCUCAUGAACAAUAACGAUGGGAAUUUCGACAUCGCCUUGGCUGUGAAUGUUUUGGUGUCUCACGUUGGGACCGUUCGCUGGCUUCCCCCAGCCCUCUACCGCAGCAGCUGCAGCAUCCAGGUGACCUACUUCCCCUUCGACUGGCAGAACUGCAGCAUGGUGUUCCAGUCGUACGCCUACGGUGCCGCCGAGCUCGGCCUGCUGCACCCGCUAGACGAGGACGGGCGCGAGGUGCGGGAGAUCAUUGUCUUCGACAACACCUUCAUCGACAACGGGCAGUGGGAGAUCCGGCACAAGCCAGCGCGGCGCAACACGCUACCUGGGGAUCCACAACACGAGGACCUGACCUUCUACCUCAUCAUCCGCCGCAAGCCGCUCUUCUACAUCAUCAACGUCAUCAUCCCCUGCAUCCUCAUCACCAUCCUGGCCAUCUUCGUCUUCUACCUGCCCCCCGAUGCCGGGGAGAAGAUGACCCUGUCCAUCUUCGCCCUGCUCACCCUCACCGUCUUCCUGCUGCUGCUGGCGGACAAGGUGCCGGAGACCUCGCUGGCGGUGCCCAUCAUUGUCAAGUACCUCAUGUUCACCAUGAUCCUGGUGACCUUCUCCGUCAUCCUCAGCGUGGUGGUCCUCAACCUGCACCACCGCUCGCCCAACACCCACGACAUGCCCUUCUGGGUCAGGCAGAUUUUCAUUCACCGGCUCCCACGGUACCUGGGGUUGCAGCGGCCAAAACCGGAGGCCAUCCUGAAACCUCCCCCAGCCCCCAGACGGGAACUGGGGGUCAAGAGCAACCGAGGCACAGACGAGUAUUUCAUCCGCAAACCCACCUGUGACUUCCUCUUCCCCAAGCCCAGCAGGUUCUCCCAGGACCCCUUCUCGCAGGACCUGCGGCGGUUCAUCGACGGGCCGAGCGAAUGCCUCGUCCUGCCACCCGACCUCAAGUCCGCCAUGGACGCCGUCACCUACAUCGCCCGGCAGCUGCAGGACCAGGAGGACUAUGACACGCUCAAGGAAGACUGGCAGUACGUGGCCAUGGUCGUCGACCGUCUCUUCCUCUGGACCUUCAUCACCUUCACCAGCGUCGGGACCCUCACCAUCUUCCUCGACGCCAGCUACAACCUGCCCCCCGCGCACCCGUUCCCGUGAUGGGGCCUCGCCGUGAAUCUGGAGUCACUCCCAAUCGCGUUCACACUCCACCGGGGAUCAGCGGAGUGACUCCAGAUUCAGCCCCCCGCCCCCCGGAGCUGGAUGGAGUCAGUUCUGCCUGUGACCUCCAGAGGGCGCUGUGAGGUGGUGGUGGCUGUUUUCUGGGGCUGAAUAAAUCCCACAAUUUGAUUCACAGUAAAAA